CUUGACGCCCCCAUCACCUGAGAAAGCUUGGUAGGUUUGAAGGAACCGAGAGGACCUGAGGCUGGAGGAGGGGGCGGGUCAGCAGGGCUUUGCACCUCAAAGGACCCGAGUGUAGCAGGCAAGCAGGGCACACUUUCAUCAUUGACCAGAGAUGCCUCUAGCUGUUUUUGAAGGAUUUGUUGAGGUGAAGCGGACCGGACAAUAUUUAGCAUCCCAGACGCUGGAGUUUAAAAUACAAUUCCUCUGGUAGCCUGGCAUUGACUUCCCUCUUUUUCCAUCAUCAGCGUCCAGCUUACGGCCACUAACGCGCCGCUCAUUGCACACCUGAUUCACACACCUUCGGGCACCAGUGAAAAAUCCGCGACUUGAUUUUCUGGAAGAACACCCUUAGGGUUUGGGAGCGGUCGUGGAGGACCAGCAGGAAGAAGCGGAGGGGAGAGGGGCGGUGGUGGAGACUGAGAAGCGUUGAACCAGUUGUAUUGGCUAAAGGCACGAAGCGGCAAAAGACAGCGGCGGGCGUCAGGGUGGUUCGCGCUGGGAACCUGCAGGCGGGACCGGCGUGGGAACGUGGCUUGCCUGCGGUGGACCGCGUCUUCGCCACAAUGGUCCGGCUCCUCUUGAUUUUCUUCCCAAUGAUCUUUUUGGAGAUGUCCAUUUUGCCCAGGAUGCCUGACAGAAAAGUACUGCUGGCAGGUGCCUCGUCCCAGCGCUCUGUGGCGAGAAUGGACGGAGAUGUCAUCAUUGGAGCCCUCUUCUCAGUCCAUCACCAGCCUCCAGCUGAAAAGGUACCGGAAAGGAAGUGUGGGGAGAUCAGAGAACAGUAUGGUAUCCAGAGGGUGGAGGCCAUGUUCCACACAUUAGAUAAGAUUAAUGCGGACCCGGUGCUCCUGCCCAACAUCACUCUGGGCAGUGAGAUCCGGGACUCCUGCUGGCACUCUUCUGUGGCUCUGGAACAGAGCAUUGAGUUCAUCAGAGACUCCCUGAUUUCCAUCCGAGAUGAGAAGGAUGGACUGAACCGCUGCCUGCCUGAUGGCCAGACCCUACCCCCAGGCAGGACUAAGAAGCCUAUUGCUGGAGUGAUCGGCCCUGGCUCCAGCUCUGUGGCCAUUCAAGUCCAGAAUCUUCUGCAGCUGUUCGACAUCCCACAAAUCGCCUAUUCUGCCACGAGUAUAGACCUGAGCGACAAAACUUUGUACAAAUACUUCCUGAGGGUGGUCCCUUCUGACACUUUGCAGGCAAGGGCGAUGCUUGAUAUCGUCAAGCGUUACAACUGGACCUAUGUCUCUGCAGUCCACACAGAAGGGAAUUACGGCGAGAGUGGAAUGGACGCUUUCAAAGAGUUGGCUGCCCAGGAAGGACUCUGCAUCGCACACUCGGACAAAAUCUACAGCAAUGCUGGCGAGAAGAGCUUUGAUCGGCUUCUGCGCAAGCUCCGGGAGCGGCUUCCCAAGGCCAGGGUUGUGGUCUGCUUCUGCGAGGGCAUGACAGUGCGGGGGUUACUGAGUGCCAUGCGCCGCCUGGGCGUCGUGGGAGAGUUCUCACUCAUUGGAAGUGAUGGAUGGGCAGACAGAGAUGAAGUCAUCGAAGGCUAUGAGGUGGAAGCCAAUGGGGGAAUCACAAUAAAGCUGCAGUCUCCAGAGGUCAGGUCGUUUGAUGACUACUUUCUGAAGCUGAGGCUGGACACCAACACAAGGAAUCCUUGGUUUCCCGAGUUCUGGCAACAUCGCUUCCAGUGCCGCCUACCUGGACACCUCUUGGAAAACCCCAACUUUAAAAAAGUCUGCACAGGAAAUGAAAGCUUGGAAGAAAAUUAUGUCCAGGACAGUAAAAUGGGAUUUGUCAUCAACGCCAUCUAUGCCAUGGCACACGGCCUACAGAACAUGCACCAUGCUCUAUGUCCUGGCUACGUGGGCCUUUGUGAUGCCAUGAAGCCCAUUGACGGCAGGAAGCUCCUGGAUUUCCUCAUCAAAUCCUCUUUUGUUGGAGUGUCUGGAGAGGAGGUGUGGUUCGAUGAGAAGGGGGAUGCACCUGGAAGGUAUGACAUUAUGAAUCUGCAGUACACAGAGGCUAAUCGCUAUGACUAUGUCCAUGUGGGAACCUGGCAUGAAGGCGUGCUGAAUAUCGAUGAUUACAAAAUCCAGAUGAAUAAAAGUGGAAUGGUACGAUCUGUGUGCAGUGAGCCUUGCUUAAAGGGUCAGAUUAAGGUCAUACGGAAAGGGGAAGUGAGCUGCUGCUGGAUCUGCACAGCCUGCAAAGAGAAUGAGUUUGUGCAAGAUGAGUUCACCUGCAGAGCCUGUGACCUGGGGUGGUGGCCCAAUGCAGAGCUCACAGGCUGUGAGCCCAUUACUAUCCGUUACCUCGAGUGGAGUGACAUAGAAUCCAUCAUAGCCAUCGCCUUUUCUUGCCUGGGCAUCCUCGUGACGCUAUUUGUCACCCUCAUCUUUGUGCUGUACCGGGACACACCUGUGGUCAAAUCCUCCAGUAGAGAGCUCUGCUAUAUCAUUCUGGCUGGUAUUUUCCUCGGCUACGUGUGCCCUUUCACCCUCAUCGCCAAACCUACUACCACAUCCUGCUACCUCCAGCGCCUCCUAGUUGGCCUCUCUUCCGCCAUGUGCUACUCUGCUCUUGUGACCAAAACCAAUCGUAUUGCACGCAUCCUGGCUGGCAGCAAGAAGAAGAUCUGUACCCGGAAGCCCAGGUUCAUGAGCGCUUGGGCCCAAGUGAUCAUAGCCUCCAUUCUGAUUAGUGUACAGCUGACACUAGUGGUGACCUUGAUCAUCAUGGAGCCUCCCAUGCCCAUUUUGUCCUACCCGAGCAUCAAGGAAGUAUAUCUUAUCUGCAAUACCAGCAACCUGGGUGUAGUGGCACCUGUGGGUUACAACGGACUUCUCAUCAUGAGCUGUACCUACUAUGCCUUCAAGACCCGCAACGUGCCGGCCAAUUUCAACGAGGCUAAAUACAUCGCCUUCACUAUGUACACCACCUGCAUCAUCUGGCUGGCUUUUGUUCCCAUUUACUUUGGGAGCAACUACAAGAUUAUCACUACCUGCUUCGCAGUGAGCCUCAGUGUGACGGUGGCCCUGGGCUGCAUGUUCACUCCUAAGAUGUACAUCAUUAUUGCCAAACCCGAGAGGAAUGUCCGCAGUGCCUUCACCACCUCUGAUGUAGUGCGCAUGCACGUCGGUGACGGCAAGCUGCCAUGCCGCUCCAACACCUUCCUCAACAUUUUCCGGAGAAAGAAGCCUGGGGCAGGGAACGCCAAGAAGAGGCAGCCAGAAUUCUCGCCCAGCAGCCAGUGUCCGUCGGCACAUGUGCAGCUUUGAAACCCCCACCCUGCAGUGAAUGUUUCUAACGGCAAGUCUGUGUCAUGGUCUGAACCAGGUGGAAGACAGGCGCCCAAGGGACAGCAUGUGUGGCAGCGCCUCUCUGUGCACGUGAAGACCAAUGAGACGGCCUGUAACCAAACGGCCGUAAUUAAACCCCUCACUAAAAGUUACCAAGGCUCUGGCAAGAGUCUGACCUUUUCAGACGCCAGCACCAAGACCCUUUACAAUGUGGAGGAAGAGGACAAUACCCCUUCAACUCACUUCAGCCCUCCCAGCAGCCCUUCCAUGGUGGUGCACCGACGCGGGCCACCAGUAGCCACCACACCACCUCUGCCACCCCACCUUAGCGCAGAAGAGGCGCCCUUGUUCCUGGCUGAUUCUGUCAUCCCCAAGGGCUUGCCUCCUCCUCUCCCGCAGCAGCAACAGCAGCCGCCCCCUCAGCAGCCUCCGCAGCAGCCCAAAUCCCUGAUGGACCAGCUGCAAGGCGUGGUCACCAACUUUGGCUCUGGGAUUCCAGACUUCCACGCGGUGCUGGCAGGCCCGGGGACACCAGGGAACGGGCUGCGCUCCCUGUACCCGCCCCCGCCUCCACCGCAACACCUGCAGAUGUUGCCCCUGCAGCUGAGCACCUUCCGAGAGGAGCCCAUCUCCCCUCCUGGGGAGGAUGACGAUGAUGACAGCGAGAGGUUCAAGCUCCUGCAGGAGUUCGUGUACGAACGUGAAGGGAACACGGAGGAAGACGAUCUGGAAGAGGAGGAGGACCUGCCUGCAGCCAGCAAGCUGACCCCUGAGGAUUCGCCUGCCCUGACGCCCCCUUCUCCUUUCCGAGAUUCCGUGGCCUCUGGCAGCUCAGUGCCCAGUUCCCCAGUGUCUGAGUCGGUGCUCUGCACCCCUCCAAAUGUGACCUAUGCCUCUGUCAUUCUGAGGGACUACAAGCAAAGCUCUUCCACUCUGUAGUAAGCGGGGAGUAUGCGUGGAGAAGCCAGAGAUGCCAAGGAGUGUCAACCCUUCCAGAAAUGUGUAGAAAGCAAGGGGGAGGAAUGGGAUGGAGGACCACAGUCUGCAGGGAAGAAAAA